AUGGCAAAACCACACCCAAAGUUUUCAGACCUUCCUCUCGACUCCACACACCCUCCACACUCAGCUUGGGGUGUAUGGGGAGACGAUGACGAACUUGGUACGCUGAAUCAUUUGACUCACGAGCGGACCAUUGCUGCUGCGAGAGAGAUACGUACUGGCAAGCGCUUUGGGCUCAAUUGGGCUCUAGAGCAGAUGGACUAUACAGGCGGUUUUCGUGAAGUGAUCAAGCACGAAAUAUUUGAGAUUGGUCCAAACAUGAACGAUGAUCGCAUCACCUUCAAUACCCAGACUAGCACACAGUGGGAUGGUCUGAGGCACUGGGGCUUCGAUAAUGGCACUUUCUACAACGGCCUGACUCAGCAGGAGAUCUUGGAAAACAAGACUUCGAGGUUAGGAAUACAAGCAUGGGCUAAACAAGGAAUUGUCGGUCGCGGGGUCCUCAUUGACUUCGUGUCGUUCGCCCAACGCAAUGGUGUUAAAUACGAUCCGCUAGAAUACUACGCCGUAAGCCUUGAGGUAUCAAAGCAGAUCGCUGCUCAAUGUAAGUUCGAAUUUUUAGCCGGAGAUAUCAUCUUCUUGCGUACAGGGUUCACUACUGCAUUCGAACUUGCUACCCUCGAGCGGAAGAAGGAGGUUAUGUCCAAAUCGCCCUUUAGUUACCCAGGGUUCGAGAGUACCCUAGAGGUUCUUGGCUGGCUGUGGGACACAAAGAUUGCAGCUGUCGCAGGUGACUGUCCCGGCUUCGAAGCAUGGCCGCCAUCCGAACAGGCAAUGCAUCAGAUACUGCUCGCUGGAUUUGGCAUGCCAAUAGGUGAAAUGUUUGCGCUUGACGAUUUGGCCGAGGAGUGUGAUAAACAGCGAAGGUGGACUUUCUUUGUCACUAGUGAACCACUGAACGUAAAGGGUGGUGUAGCAAGCCCACCAAAUGCGCUUGCGAUCAUGUAG